GCCGGGCCGAACUGGGUUGGUGCGCAUGCGCAAGCGCUGGAACGCGGCGCCGUUGUCAUGGAGCUGUGGGAGCCGGAGAGCCGGUGCCGGAGGGUUCAGCAUUACGCGGCCUCCGGCUCCACGCUUCCAUGGGACCGCUUCUCAGCUUGGCUGGAGUGCGUCUGUGUGGUCACAUUCGACUUGGAGCUGGGUCAAGCGAUCGAGCUCGUGUAUCCCCAUGAUGUGCGUCUCACAGAAAAAGAGAAAACCAGCAUCUGCUACUUGUCCUUUCCAGAUUCCUACUCGGGUUGCCUUGGAGACACGCAGUUCAGCUUUCGUAUCCGACAAUCUGUGGGACACAAACUGUCUAUGAAUGGAGAGGAAGAAAAAUACAAUCGAGAUGCCCCAGUUGUUCUUCAGUGGGAUCGAGCACAUUAUUAUGGAUUUGUCUACUUCCGACAAGUCAAGGAUAGCACAAUUAAACGGGGAUAUUUUCAAAAGUCGCUGGUUCUUAUUUCUCGACUUCCUUUUGUGAACCUCUUCUGCUCUCUGCUACAACUUGUUGCACCUGAAUACUUUGAAAAGCUGGAGCCUUGUCUUGAGGCAGUUUGUAAUGAGAUAGACCAGUGGCCAGCACCAGUCCCUGGAAAAACACUUAGCCUUCCUGUCAUGGGAGUGGUCAUUCAGGUAUGGAUUCCAUCCAAAAAUGACAAAAUUGGAACAAGCCCUCUCAAACAACCCAACCAGGAGAAUCUGCUGCCAGCACCAAUGGUCAUUCCUACAGUAAAUGAGCUGGAUUUCUUCAGAUGUUUCCAACAAAUCCUGAUUCACAUCCAAAUGGUUUGGGAGCUGAUGUUACUUGGAGAACCAGUGAUUGUCAUGGCAACAUCUCCCACAGUUUCUUCAGAUACCGUCCUCGCACUCACCAGUUGCAUUGCACCUCUGAAGUACUACUGUGACUAUCGGCCUUAUUUUACCAUCCAUGACAAUGAAUUUAAGGAAUAUACAACACGAACACAGGCACCGCCAAAUGUUGUUCUAGGAGUGACAAAUCCUUUUUUCAUCAAAACCUUCCAGCACUGGCCGCACAUUAUUCGUCUUGGAGAAAUCAAAAUGUCAGGUGAUUUACCCAAACAAAUAAAAGUGAAGAAACUGAUGAAGAUUAGGACUCUGGACACAAAACCAGGUAUCUAUACAUCUUACAGAACUUUUCUACACAAGGACAAAGCACUUAUUAAACGACUUCUAAAGGGUAUUCAAAGAAAGCGCCCAUCAGAAGUACAGAGUGCCAUUGUCCGCCGCCACUUACUGGAGCUGACUCAGAGUUUCAUUAUUCCCCUGGAGAGAUAUGUUGCUAGUCUGAUGCCUCUUCAGAGGACCAUCACGGCUUGGAAGAACCCUCCGCAGAUUCGGCCCUUUAACCAAGAGGAAUUCAUGAAGACGUUGGAGCAUGCAGGGCCACAGCUGACAUCUGUGCUUAAAGGAGAUUGGGUGGGAUUAUACAGACAUUUUAUUAAAUCGCCCAAUUUUGAUGGCUGGUUUCGUAUGAGGCACCAAGAGAUGCGCAAGAAGUUGGAUAUUCUUCACUUUGAGGUGUUAUGUCAGGCAGAUCUACUCAAGUGGAUUCGGGAAAAGUCUGAGGUGGAAAUUGUGGACCUGGUUUUAAAACUUCGUGAAAAAUUGAUAAAAGCAAGAGUCCACCAGCUGCCAGUGAGAGAAGACCUACUGGAGAAGCUGGAGUUAUAUGUGGAAACAGUUAUUAGCUCCUUGCCUCAUGAUCUACAAGUGGUGCUGCAUCGACAUUGAUUUGAACAAACAAGUGAUUUGCAGCACAUCCUUUGAGAGAAAUCUCACCUUCUGUUUUCCAUAUUCCGAGUCAUCCAUUGCACAAAGCUACCUAGUUUGAUACAGUGGUGCCACACAGACAGAUUUAAUUCCAAAUGAUGAACUAAGAUGCCUGUCAAUUUUUAUAAAGAAAUCACCUGAUUAAUGUAAACAGUUUUAAACUCGCAAUGUAGUUUGUUGGCUGCAUUGUAAAAUCUUAUGAUCAAUCAGUUGCAUGAAUGUAAGCUGCAUGGCAUGACUGUACCCUGAUCUUGAUGUAAUCCAAUCUAUUUAAUGUGAGAUUACAGAACUGGCCAAUGUAGCUAAAUUCUUCUAUUUCUCCCCAAUGAGGGGAGUGGAGAGGUUUUGGUUAAAUUGUAUUAAUUCUAUAAUCUUGGCAGAAGAGUUCUUUAAGUGUUAUUGAUUGGUACUUUAAUUUUAAUAUAAUAGGAAAGCUCUGAAGAAAUGCAGAAAGUUGAAAUAACUGGUUUGCCUUAAGAAUGUGACAUAAGAACUGAGAAGAAAGUAGAGCAGUUGGAUAGGAUAACUGCAGCUGAAGUAGAUCCCUUCACCCUUUCUGCAACAGCAAGAAUGUUUUGAACUAUUUAUUUUGCUCACUUACCUGUAAUUUAUCCUUGACUGUCCUUUGAUUGGAAAUGUACUGUAAGUAGUGUAACUGGACGAAAUAAGUCAUAAGACAGUAUUAAUGGAUUAAAUGAGCUGGAAAAAACAUUGUUGGUGUAGGAGGAUGUGAAGUCAUCCAUAUUAGAUGUAAUAUAGUUAAAUAAACUUCUAGAUUUUGAGAAAGUAGUUAUUUUCAAACCACAAAAUUCAUAAAUCCUUGUACAUAAAUAAUUCAAACCCAAUGGACAGGGCCCAAUGGAAGACAAUGUUCUAAAUUGACCACUUUUCAUUUUAAACACUCUUGCGACAACGUACCAGAGAACUACAAAUGGUGUGCUUCUAUUCAAAUACAGUAGAAGAGAUAAAGGAUAUUUUAGGCUAACACUUUCAGUGAAUUAUGUACAUACUCUCCAUUCAACAGCACUCCCCAGGGUCUUCCCAUUCGUUGUGUAUCCCUUGCCUGAUUUAACUUCACAAUAUGCAUCACUACUUGUCAGAGUUAAAAUCCAUUUAUCAUCCUACCUUGCCUUUCCAAAUGCAAAUAAAUUCCAUUCCACAGAUAUGGCAGAAUAAUUUGAAUAGAAUAAUUUGAGUUUACUCACACAAAGAAUCCAGAAACUGCUUAAACAAUCUACCACAGACCAGUAAUACAAUUAUUCGAUUUCAAUGCAAGGGAC